UGUCCCUUCAGUUGAAACCGUUGGCACACAACAUGAGAUUGACUGCAGGUGGCUGAUGGCUACAAACCUGGGAAAUGAUCACCGCGAUUCUAGUUACCUCCGUCACCUUUCUUUUCUUGUGAUGAGAAUGUUCAAGAUGCCUUCUCUCAGCGACACCCCCAAAGGCAACCCGGUUUUGGGAACCCAGACGGCCGCGCAUCAUGUCCCCACCCCGCCCCGCCCCCUGCCGGUCGUUCGCAGUAAACUCAGGUGCUUUCACCAGGGAGAGGAAUCACCCACCUCAGCAGGAACUUCUCUAAGUUUUAAACAGUGACCCUGGCGCAGCGGAUGCCCAGCCUGGGGCUGUCCAAGGCGGAAGCCCCAGGGCGGCUGGGCGGGCACCAGCCCCUACCCCCACACCCUACUGCCGCCUUUAAAGCCAGGCUGGGGCUGCCGGCCUCCAUCCACCACCUACCUGCCACCCACCACCAUGCGCUGUCUUGCCAGCCUGGUCCUGGCCCUGCUCGCCCUGGAGGCCGCACUGGCCGUGGCCUUGGUCCCAGCCUUCACCAUGCCAGGUAGGCCUGAGGAGCCACCCCGGGAGGCACCCAGGAGGGCCCUCCCGACCUCCCUGUCUUCCAGGUGCAUCCCUGACACGCACCAGGAUGGCACCAGGACCGAAGGAGCAGAGCAGAGGAGGGACAGGGCAGGGCACUGCCUGGAGACCCCAAUGCCGGAGGGUCCAGGGGUCCAGGCCACUGUCCCCAACCGUGGGACAGCUAACAGUGGGGGGGGCUGUUCUUGGCCCCCUGGGUCUCAGCCCUACCUGCUGUCCUGGGCCCGGGCAGGUCAUGCUGCGGCAGAUGCUUUUCCUUUCAAGAACUGGCACACUGGGGUGCUGGGUUCCCAUCCUUGGAGCCCCGGAGAAGUGGUCCAACAGCCCCCAACCCACCCACCUGCCUGUCCCCUGCACAGGGCAGGCCAUGUGCCCAGAGCUCAGCUCCUCGGAGGAGGACUCAUGCGUCGUCUCCUGCAGCACCGAUGACAACUGUCCCCAAGGCACCCAGUGCUGCGCCACAAGUCCCUGCAGCCGCUCCUGCGUGGUCCCCGUCAUGGCACCUCUGCAGAAGGCGGGCCACUGCCCCCGGGUGGAGGUCCCGCUGGCCGUGGAGCCCUGCGUGGAGAUCACCGAGUGCUCCUCAGACAGCCAGUGUGCGGGGAGCAAGAAGUGCUGCCUCAGCCUGUGCGCCCUGCGCUGUCUGGACCCUGCCGCAGAGGACCCCCUUCAGUGAGGGGCUGCCCCAGGACCCCAAGGCCUGAGUCUGCUCGGCAAGAACCUUCUCUCUCAGAUCCAGAAAGUCCAAGAUGCUUCCUAC